AUGAGCUUGGAUUCGGUAGCUACAAACUCACAUGGAAACCUUGAUGAGGAAAUUAGUCAGCUUAUGCAAUGCAAGCCCUUAUCAGAGCAAGAGUGUCUUUGUCUGAAGCGGCAAAUUACUCUUGAGGAUAUUGUUUUCAAUGAAAAUGUUUUUAUGAUUCAGGUAAGGGCGUUAUGCGAGAAAGCUAAGGAGAUAUUGAUGGAUGAAAGCAAUGUUCAGCCUGUUAAAAGCCCUGUUACAAUCUGUGGUGAUAUCCAUGGUCAAUUUCAUGAUCUAGCUGAGCUUUUUCGCAUUGGCGGGAAGCUCCUGGUUGCCUUGAAAGUGCGUUAUCCUCAACGGAUUACUAUUCUAAGGGGAAAUCACGAAAGUCGUCAGAUUACUCAAGUUUAUGGGUUCUAUGAUGAGUGCCUACGGAAGUAUGGCAAUGCUAACGUUUGGAAGAUCUUUACGGACCUGUUUGAUUAUUUUCCACUGACAGCAUUGGUUGAGUCGGAAAUAUUUUGCCUCCAUGGUGGAUUAUCUCCCUCCAUUGAGACCCUUGAUCACAUUCGUAAUUUUGAUCGUGUUCAAGAAGUUCCCCACGAGGGUCCCAUGUGUGAUCUUUUGUGGUCUGACCCUGAUGAUCGCUGUGGUUGGGGCAUCUCACCUAGAGGUGCUGGAUAUACCUUUGGUCAAGACAUUUCUGAGCAAUUUAACCAUACAAAUAACUUAAAGCUGAUUGCUAGAGCUCACCAGCUGGUCAUGGAAGGAUAUAACUGGGGUCAUGAACAAAAGGUGGUUACUAUCUUUAGUGCACCCAACUAUUGCUACCGCUGUGGAAACAUGGCUUCUAUUUUGGAAGUUGAUGACUGCAAGGGCCACACAUUCAUUCAGUUUGAGCCAGCUCCAAGGAGGGGCGAGCCAGAUGUAACCCGGAGAACACCAGAUUAUUUCCUAUGA